AUGUUCGGGCUUAGGUUGAACGUCAAAACGACUGAGUACUUGACCAUCGAUCCGAGCGUGCCAGGCUCAGUCAAGAUCAAUGGUACUAAGCUCACAUGGACAACAACAUUCGAGUAUCUUGGAUCGGCAAUUGCGUCUGACGGCAGCCUGGUUUUCGAAACGAAUUCUCGCGUGAAUGCAGCGUGGUUGAAAUGGCGCUCGAUGACUGGCGUACUCUGUGAUAAGAACAUGCCUGAGCGUCUCAAAUCCAAGAUCUACAGAACCGAUCCGACCGGUCGCAAUUCACGGCGCUGA